AAUUGUAAAUAGUGAUAUACACAUGUAUAUAUUCUAAGAAACCUUGUAGAGAGCUGUGAUAUAUAGCCCUUUAGCUUCAGUAAAGCCGCACCACCCGCGCCGCGCCGCACCUCUUAUAGCGUCACCAAAAAACUCAUGUAUGCGCGGUUUGGAAGGCAAACAUUAACACACUCCAACACUCCUCCUCCCAAAGGCUGGACGGCAAAAAUUCACUACCGGCGUCUGGUACUUUGAGCUCUCGGUAUCAGAAAAGGAUCACAUAUAUCGAGUCCUAAUAUGGAGCCUUCCCAAGCUGAUUGUCUCCCCGCGGGACCCACGCGGAAACCGCGUCUGAUCUUGUCCCUCUCUGCAAAGAUUGAAUCUAAACAAUCCGCGGGUAAACGAAUUUCGCUGAUGGGAUCUGUUUUUAAAUCACCUCCAAAGACCUCUAUCACGCUUUCUUCUAGAUCCAGGGGAAUCCUAAGUCAGGUGGAUCUCACGUCCACUCUGCGAAAGCUCGUUUUUGAGGAAGGACUCAAGACUGGGGAAGGACCCAAACCAGGAAUCUCCAUUUUUAGCUUGCAGGCCAAAGCGAAGAGCUCCCUGGAUAAAAUAAAAAUUUCUACAACGACACCUUUUGAUGCGAAGCCCCUAGAUGCUGUCGAUAUCAAUCAGUUUGCGCCCAGCUUCCAUUCCACGGCAAACCUCCCUGACACUAUUGACCCCACUAAUUCCAUUUCAUCCCGGUUCCUCCCUCCCCAUUUCCAGUCUCCCAGCGUGGACGGAGCCACCGCACAGGUGCUCAACUCCGUACAAGGCCUCGCCAACUGGUACGACCUCACCCAAUUUGACUACGAGGCUCCCCAACCUCCCACGCAUGCAAUUGAACAGGUGAUCCCUCACCAAACCUCAGACCUUUUUAUCGUCGUGAAGGUGCGGGAGUUGGGUACGGGCGACACGCUGUUGGCGGGGCUCAUCAGGCUAAACUCGCACACACGCAUCGGUGCCGGAAACUUUCUCGCGCUCGCAUCCCAGUACGUGCCGCUUCAAUUAUCCAUGAAAGAGCAUCCUGAAAUUCGCUGCGUCCCGGUAUAUGCGAAGUGGCAGGUUAGACCGAGCUUCUGACAUUUCGAGCGGCGGCAUGCACAAUCCGCAGUAAAUCUAAUUUAUUGCAACCCUCUCUGUUUUCCAUCGGACAUUCUAUGCACAAAAAAAC